ACGAGAUGACAAAUGCUUCUGGGCCUAACGGCACUUUUUAAAUUUGCUCCAAUGCUUUUGGAAAUCAGGUUAUGGCGGCUGACGACUAUAAAAAAUUAACACGUCUCAUUCACGUCUUUGGAGCCAAUUGCUGGUGGUUUUUAUAGUGGGCUUAAAAUAGGUCACGCUCAAAUGCUGAAAGCAAUUGACAGGGGAGCGUCUUCAAUUUACCUAUUGUUCUGUAAGUUGUGAGUUGUUGAAGACACGGGAGCAUUACAAUGGCUGCUGCAACCUCCAUGCAGUUACACAAUGUAUUUGUGUAUGGAAGCCUUAUGGCCGAUGAGGUGGUCAAGGUGCUUCUGAACCGUAUACCUUCUGCUGCUCCUGCUCUGCUUCCUGGUCAACGGCAUAGUAUUAGAGAACGUGUAUAUCCUGCUAUUAUUCCUGCUGAGAAGGAUAAAGUCAAUGGAAAGGUUCUUCUUAGCUUGGCAGAUCACGAGUUAGAUAUUCUUGACAAGUUUGAAGAUGUUGAUUAUAAAAGGACACUAGAGGAAGUUAUAGUGUUGGACAAUGAGAAGCAACAAAACAGUUCCAGUCAAUUAAAAGCAUACACUUAUGUGUGGGCUGAUGUAAAUGACAAAGAUCUAUAUGGAGAAUGGAAUUUUGAGGCCUGGAAAGAUUCUCACAUGAAGGACUUUGUGAAAAUGUGCGAGAAUUUUAUGUCAGACUUGAAACAGCCAAGUACCACAAGGCAUGUAUCUAUUUAAAAGGCUUUUUUUGAAUCAAAACCUGGAAAGAUUAUAUUUCUGAAAAGACAGUCUGAUAAAAAUAGUAGAAUAUUUGAUAUGAACAAUGGCUACAUUUACAUACGCAUUAUAUAUAUUAUUGUUUUCUCUCAAGAAUUAUUUGCAUGAUGGUGCUUCCGACUCGAUUGUAAUCCCUGAUCAAACUUUUAGGCUCUUUGGUAUGUCUUUAUAUAUUUUUUA